AUGGGCAAGCGUGUAUUGGUCAAGGCAACUAUGAGACUGCCUGCUAGGGUACAGCCUAUUGGCCAGGAUGUACCUCUCGCGCAGCCCUGCCAAGGCUUCCACCGCCUCUAUGUGUUGGCGAGGCAUGCUCGCGAUCCAGUUCUGGAGCCACGACUGCUGCUCGCCACGACUGCUGCUCCCAUCUACGACAUAACUGGCGAUGGAGUCGUAGAAGUGCUCUACAACCACUUUCUGGCGACUGCGAAACUGAGAUUGGAAAGCAAACCAUAUUGGUGGCCAACCGCCGUUGAUUGGGAUUUUAUUAAUGACGGGAUUUUGGCCACUGUGAAAUCGAGGCUGGAAGAGGAACCUAAGUGGUGGCCCACUACUGUUGAAUGGGGCUUCAAAGAUGCCCCUGGUAUGGAAGAAUCCGAGAAAUCCACCGUCCUAGCAUGCGUUAUGAAAAACUACGACCACCAGGACCUUGCGAGAAUACUCGACAAAAUUAGCGGAGAGCUUUAUACAACAAACUGUCUCACAAUAGUCGACCGAUUAUUCGCAAUUGGGAACCCUCAAUCUAACAAAUCCCAAGAGAUCCUGAGGCCCCAAAACCGACCAAUCGACCCAAAGACUGCCCUGCGAGAGUCCCUGCCGAUCAGAAUAUUCGCACUGCGGAGUCAGCAAUCCACGAGUGAUAGCACGUUUCGUACCGGUCGUCCGGGAUAUGUUGGCUUCCGGAAGAAUACCGUAGCAAGAACUUACGCCACGCCCGUCGAUGUUAGUAGCAAGGUUGCACUCGUAAACCCACUUUACGCGCGGGUGCUAGACGUUGAAUACCUCUGCAGGGAGUUGCACACGACCCAACCUCAACUUGCAAAUCUUAAGCGCGGUUUCUCCAUCGACAUAGCUUCAUACUCUCGGCAAGGUGAUCCGUUGACAAGCAGGCGGUCACUCAAAGCAAACUAUGCGAAUUCCGAACUGAUAUUGGCAGAUUCUCAAGGUAAUAAGAUAUCUCUUGAGCCUGCCAUUGGUAUUUGCAUUACCCGGGCUCCCGUGAUCGGUGAGCUGUUUGUCGUCGAGCUCGAAGACCGUCGGAAAACUCAAGAAGUGUCAUAUUAUAUGUAUGGUCAAUCCCUAGGAUGA